AUGUCUCAGCUCAUCUUAACAAUCCCCAAACGACUUGUCGUUUCGCCUUCUCUCACUCUCCUCCGCGCUAUUCACACUCACAGAAUAGCUUCAACAAGAACAAGACGGACACUGUGUUCCAACAUGUCCUCCAACUCAUCACCUUCCCCUUUGACUCAUUCCAUCGUUCUCCCGUGUCAACUCAGCCAACCCGUCCACGUUGUCGCUGCCCCUGGCCUCUCUGAAGCCGAGUUCAGGAGUGCUGUAGAGUCAAGUUUGUUGAAUCAAUGGUUGAAGAACUUGCAAGGCCAAACUGGGAUUUUAGCCAGUGGUGAUAUGCUUCUAAAACAAGUUCUCAUUCAGGGAGUGGAUAUGUUUGCGAAGCGCAUUGGUUUUCUGAAAUUUAAGGCGGAUAUUUUCAAUAAGGAGACAGGAAAAAAGGUUCCAGGUAUAGUAUUCGCACGAGGACCAGCUGUAGCAGUGCUGAUUCUUUUGGACUCAGAAGUGCCAUGUGUGUCUAAGGUUAGGGUUCCCACUGGGCGUCUAAUUUUGGAAUUGCCUGCUGGGAUGCUGGAUGAUGACAAGGGUAAUUUUGUUGGCACAGCAGUUCGUGAGGUUGAAGAAGAGAUUGGCAUUAACUUAAAUGUAGAAGACAUGGUUGACCUCACUGCCUUCCUGGAUCCAUCUACAGGAGGCAGAGUUUUUCCUUCUCCGGGAGGUUGCGAUGAAGAAAUUGGCUUGCUUCUGUACAAGGGAAGUGUUGGAAAAGAAGUCAUCAUGCAGCUGCAAGGAAAAGAAACAGGUCUUCGCGAGCAUGGUGAGCUGAUUAAGGUUUGUGUGGUUCCCUAUCGGAAGCUCUGGCGAAUCACACCUGAUGCAAAGGUAUUAACAGCUAUUGCACUCUAUGAGAUGGCCCAAAGAGAAGGGCUCUUGCCAGUCAAAAUCUAAUCUCCAAAACCCUUUUAGCUACUUGACAUUUUUUGUUGUCUGCUAAGGUGAUUUAUCACAUCAGCUGUCUCGCAGCAGUGACUUUUUUUUCUUUCUCUUUUGCAAAAGCUUUUUACCUUUUAUUUCUUAGAUACGUGGACAAUGUUACCUGUAACCUUCUGAGGUUACUUAGAAAAAACUAAUCAGUUUAAGCAGCUUAUUUCCUUUAAUAAACACAACCAGGAAAGAAGAGGGCUUGGCUCAUUUUAUUUAUUUACUGUUCACUAUUGCGUUAACUCCUGAGCACAGAUUAAAUGAUGACGACAACCAUCCUAGCACCAGGAGCUAUAGCUAAAGGAUACUAAGUUCACUUUAUUACAUUUAGACUUUGCUGGCAACAAAAU